GAUGGCCGGAGCUGCUCUGACCUAGCCCAGGGUACCACCUGCAACGUCAGCCUCAAGGCCCAAGGCCAGAGCUGCUCAGAAUGGGACAUCCAUGUAGGGGACCAUGAUGAUUUCUGGAUUUGGAAGCAACAAGGAAUCUCGGGGGGUCCUGCUCAGUCCCUGGGGCGCCUACAGAGGCCAGCGGUGGGCAGCGCCUUCGACCUGGCCAGCCAUGCCUCCCUGGGGCCUGAGAGCCUGGCCCUGGAAGUGGCCUCAGGAGAGUCUGCUCGUGCCAGGCUCCCCCCAUACCCAGGGCCUGCUCCUGGACAUGGGGAGCAGGGAUCCUCAGGCUGCACCUGUCAGCAGUCUCCACCCACAGCUUCAGAGGUCCCUCUGAGGCCUGAGCCACCCAGCAACCUGGAAGACGCACCCCUGCUGCUCCGCCCUGCAUCCUUCCCCAGGGCAGAGGGGACAAAGGGCAAGCCCGCCGCCCCAGGGACUGCCUUGCCAGAGCCUGCCCAGACCCUACACACGCGUCCCUCUUCCAGGAGGACCCGCUACUACAUCACUGUCACCCUGCUGGGGCACAGGCAAGCACCAGGGGAGGAGGGUGAAGAACCGGCCCAACCAGCUCCACACCCCUGCGGCCCUGAGGAAUCCGAGGGCUGGUGGGAGCCUCCCCAGGGGCCACGCCCCAUCACAGGGUGCCGGACGGCCCCGCCUCAGGAACCCCAGCUGAGAGCCCAAUCGCAUCAGGGGAGCACGGCCCAGCAGCAGGAACUCCAGGCUGGCUGGACACCUGGGUCCCCACGCAGACUGGAGCUGGACCACAGUGGGACAAGGACACCUCCAGACAGGUUGCCAGGGCCCCACAUGGAGGAGGCAGGUGGGCCUAUGGCCCGGGCCAAGGCCCGAGUGGUAAGUGCCACAUUGACAUGGCGGCAGCGGCCCCCCACCCAGGAAGAGAUCAAACAUGGUUUUCACAAGGUGUCCCUGGUGUCAGGGGCCCAGAUGGAAGCCCCGCAGAAGGAGAUGUUUGAGUUCAGCCGUCGAGAGGAAGUGGAAGUCAAUGGCUUUGCAACACAGGAAGAAGAGACUGUGAAUUGCCAGGGCCCUCAGGAUACAGCUGGCUCCAAGAACUUCCAGAGCCAUGGACCCAUCUUUUCCAAGAAGUACAUACCACCUCCCAAGGAGAAAAGGCCUGAGGGGAGGCUGAAGGAGGCUGUGGACCAGAGUGAUGGCAGCCGCCAAGCUCCCAGGACUGAGCCCCCAUGUGUGGGAGCUAUGGCCAGGACUGAGCUUUUGGUUCCCCUGCCUGGGCCCCGAGAGCCAAGUCCCCACCCAGGUGUAGGUCUCACCAGUGGUAGCUCCCGGAGCCUUGAGGAAUACCGAGUGACACGCACUGUGCGGACCACCACAGUGGUGGGAGGUCAUGUGGACCGGCGGGUGAGCAGCUCUGUGACUGUGAGGCCAGUGUCCUCAGGCGAGGCCCUGCCACGCGGCCGUCAGGUCGCCCGCAUGGUGCCGCCAGUGGUGGUGGGCUCCCCACCAGGCUCGCCCAGCCGCAGCCAGGCUGUGAAAGUGCUAAGUAACCUCGUGCCUGCUGGGCACAGCCCCCCUGCCAGUCACCUGCCCAGGCCCACGGCUGGCGGGCCAAGGAGCACAGGUCUGGGCAGCACAGUGGGGGCAGCCUUGAGGCAGCUGCCUGAGACCGGGACAGCAGAGCUUAAAAACAGCUCUGCCCUGGCCUCUACAGGCAUCCCAGCCAGUGCUCACCUGCCUAAGAAUCAGGAUGCCCCUGCAGCCUGUCCGGACAGAGACCAGGGCAGAGCCCCGGAUGCCAGGGCCUGUGAGCUCCGGCAGGUGCUGGGAGCCCCCAGUUCCACUGAGCUCCCUCUCCAGACUUCUCAGGGUCAAGCAUCAGUCCCCUCCUCUCCCAGACUCGAGACCCAUGUCCCCUCUCCUGGCCUAACUCACCCUGCAAAGCAGCCUGUGGUGCCCACUCACCCCAGGGCCCAGCUUACUCCCCUUGUUCUGCCCCCUAAAAAAAAGGAAGGGCCCGUGGACCCCCCUGCUGCCACCAUCCUGCCCAUGGUGAGGAGCGAGCAUGUGACAGUCCCUGGACAACCUCCUGCUCCAUCCACUACAAGAAGGAAGGAUGUCCCCAGCCCAGGAGGUCUUUCUGCUCCAUCGUCCCCAAGGAAUAAGUUUGUUCAGAACUCUGAAAAUGUCCCUGUCCUCCCCUUUACCCAGAGGGAGGUGGUGCGGGGCCCCGGUGCUCCUGCUGCCUCAUCCCCCACCCGGAAAGAGGUCGUGAAGGGCCCUGGUGCUCCUGCUGCCUCAUCUCCCACCCGGAAGGAGGUGGUGCAGGGGUCCAGUGCUUCUGCUGCCUCGUCCCCCACCUGGAAAGAGGUUGUGAAGGGCCCCGGUGCUCCUGCUGCCUCAUCUCCCACCCGGAAGGAGGUGGUGCAGGGGUCCAGUGCUCCUGCUGCCUUGUUCCCCACCCGGAAAGAGGUCGUGAAGGGCCCCAGUGCUCCUGAUGCCUCAUUUCCCACCUGGAAAGAGGUUGUGAAGGGCCCUGGUGCUCCUGCUGCCUCAUCGCCCACCCAGAAGGAGGUGGUGCAGGGGCCUGGUGCUCCUGCUGCCUUGUCCCCCAAGUCAACUGAGGUUGUCCAGGGCCCAAAAGGCAGCACUAGCAUCCAAAAAGAGGCUGUCCAGGGUAUUGCAGGCAGCCUUGCCCCGCCCCUCACCAAGGAAGAGACUCUUCAAGGCCCAAUUGCUCCUGCCACCUCACUCCCCAAACAGGAUAAGGGGGUCCAGGACUCUGAAGGGAGCCCCAUCUCAUCUCUCACCCAGAAAGAGGUUGUGCAGGACCCUGCUGCUCUCCCUGCCCCAUCUUCCUCAGUGGACAGGGUGUCCCCCAGCCCAGGAGGCACCCCUGCCCCAGUGCCAACAGGAGCAGAGGCCAGCACGGAGUCCCACCUUGUCUCUGAUCCCACUGAGGGCAAGACGUGCACAGAGACAUCAAGGGAGGAGGAUGAGGUGGCCCUGGCCGCUGACCUGGAGAUAUUCCUGGAUACCCUGCGGAGCAUGGAGCCCCCUGAGAUCCUCCGCACUCACCGGCUGCCACGAGCCCCUCGCUCCUCCUACCUGUCCAUGUACGCCACACUGCCUGCCAUUGAGGAGGACCAGCUGGGGCCAUGGGUGCUGGGCCCCGGCCCCCAGGAGGUGCCUUCACUGGAAGAGAAAGAGGAGGAGGAGGAGGAGGAACCAGAGAACCCCUAUCUGAGUGACGAUGAGAAGCUCCAGCGCAGGCAGGAGAAAGCUGGGCCCAGCCCCUCCAGGGACCUCCACCCUGCCAGACCCACCCAGGUCUCCUGCUCUCCUCUGGAGAUGAUGAAGAAGCACGUAGCAGGAACCAAGGGCCCCCACUCAGAGCUGGGAUUGGAACUGCAGGGAGGCAGCAGGCCCACUUCCCGUCUCGGAGGCAGCCUUCUGUUCGGCAGUCUGGUGCCUGCCACCAAGGAGGCCUCCACCCCGGAACCGCUGGGCACAAAACUAUCUGCUCUGCUGCCCCAUGGGGCACCAGGGCUCAGGAAGGUGGCAGGACAGUUGCCCCUGCUUUGCAGUGAAAGAUCAUCCCCAACGGAGAAGCUUGCCUGUUCCCUGCCCCUGGAGGGGUGGAGCCCAGCCUUAAAGACCCAGGGCAAGCCGAACACCAGGCCUGGAAAGGUGAUCUUCUUCUCAGAGUCUGGCUGCCAAGGCAGUAGCAGGGAGGUCUGGGGAGACAUCGUUGAUGCCUCAGGCUGGGCCCCCGUAGCCUCCAUAAGGGUAGUUCGAGGCUGCUGGGUGCUGUACGAAGAGCCAGAGUUCCGGGGUCAGAAGCUGGUCCUGCCUGAAGGAGACAUGGAACUCAGAACCCCAGGGACAAAGUGGAGUCCCCAAGGCAUCGGCUCCCUAAGGAGGGUUGUCUGGGACUACAGCACCCCGGAAAUCAGCCUCUUCUCUGAGGAGGGCCUCAAGGGGGAGCAAGUGAAGCUAACAGAGGCCUUGAAGAAUUCCCAGGGUCUGGAGAAGCCCCUGCAGGUGGCAUCUGCCACCGUCUCUGCAGGACUGUGGCUACUGUACCCCAAACCAUUAUUCGAAGACACUCCCUACAUCCUGGAACCUGGAGAGUACCCCACCUCAGAGGCCUGGGGCACAUCGGACCCCAGCGUGGGCUCCCUGAAGCCCAUGAGAUUGGGCUGCCCAAGUGUGGAGAAGCCAGGGGAGCCCAGGGCUGUGGUGUAUGAGGCCCCAGGCUUUCAGGGCCGCAGCUGGGAAGUGAGCCGAGACAUCUACAACCUUCAGCAGCCAGAGGACAGCCAGAGCCCCCACCUGGCCUCUGUGGGGUCCCUGAGAGUUCUCGGGGGCUGCUGGGUGGGCUACGAGAAGGAGGGCUUCCGGGGCCACCAGUAUCUGCUGGAGGAGGGGGAAUACCCAGACUGGUCACACUGGGGAGGCUAUGACGAGUUGCUGACCUCCCUCCGGGUCAUCCGGACGGACUUCGGGGACCCGGCCGUCGUGCUAUUUGAGGCCAUGGACUUCGAGGGGCACGGCGUGGAGGUGAGCAAGGCAUUGCCGGAUGUGGAGCUGGUGCAACACGGCCCCAGCACACAGGCCAUCCACGUGCUCAGCGGCGUGUGGGUGGCCUACCAGGAGGUGGGCUUCUCCGGGGAACAGUACGUGCUGGAGAAGGGCGUGUACCGUAACUGCGAGGACUGGGGCGCUGGCAACAGCACCCUCGCCUCGCUGCAGCCGGUCCUACAGGUCGGGGAGCACGAUCUGCACUUCGUCUCAAAGAUUCAGCUUUUCUCCCGCCCCGACUUUCUGGGCGACCACUUCUCUUUCGAAGAUGACCAGGCCGCUCUGCCCGCCUCCUUCCGACCUCAGUCCUGCCGGGUCCACGGCGGCAGCUGGAUCCUGUUUGAUGAGAAGAACUUCGAGGGUGACCAGCACAUUCUCUCUGAGGGCGAGUUCCCCACUCUCACGGCCAUGGGCUGCCUAGCCUCCACAGUCCUGGGCUCUCUCCAGAAGGUAUCCCUGCACUUUUCAGAGCCUUCCAUUUUCCUGUAUGGACUCGAGUGCUUCGAGGGGAAGGAGAUCGAGCUCAGCAGGGAGGUGCGGAGCCUGCAAGCCGAGGGCUUCAACAACCAUGUGCUGUCCGUGCGGAUCAAGGGGGGCAUUUGGGUGCUAUGUGAACACAGUGACUUCCGGGGCCGCCAGUGGCUGGUGGGAAGCUGCGAGAUCACCAACUGGCUGACCUACAGCGGCACCCAGAGGGUGGGCUCCCUCUACCCCAUCAAGCAGAUGGGGAAAUAAAGGCCCAGAGAAGUGGACACGGAUUUGCUCUGCAAUCUUGGGCAAGUACUGUACCUCCUUAGAACUUCGUUUCCUCAUCUUUAAAAUGAGGAUAACACGUGUCAUGGGUCAGUUUUGAGGAUUGAAGAUAAUGUAGGUAAAACCCUUAGAACAGUGCUUGAGUGAGUCAGCUCUCAACAAACGUUAGCUGUGAUUAUUGUUAUUACUAUUAUUACUUUUGCUGCCAUCUAAGAGCUCCAGCUGAUUUAUGGCAGAGCCAUGUCUGAUGUCUGACAGUCCAGUGUCCACCCCGUCAGGAACCCUCUUCAACACAGGUGUGUGUGCAUUUCUUUCUGUAAGUGUGUGUGCACAUCUGUAUGCCCACACCCAUCCACGCUUUUAGCAAGCAGAACUGCCUGGUAUGGAGUAGACUGCAUGGAUCUAUGGUUAGAACAUGUGAGUUGGAUGGCUGCAUAUAUCCAUGUGUUUGUGUCUUCUGUGAACUUCUGUGCCAUCAUGUGUACCAGAGGUGUAUCUGUCAGUUUGUCCCUCUGCACACAUCUGUGGGUACCUCUAUGACCAUGGAACUGUGUGUGUGUGCGUGUGUGUGUGUGUGAGAGAGAGAGAGAUACAUGUGCUCUCCGUAUGUGUGUGUAAAGAAGCAGUGACUUAGAAAUAGAGUCAAGGAAGAUUUGGGGACAGGAAGGAGGGCUUGGGAGCCUGAUACUGGAGAGUCUGGAGUUGAGGGUACUGGGGGCCCAGGUCAUCCCUCCCCGGCACCCCUGACUCUCAGCGUCUUUCUGC